AUCACACAGUUGCCAGAGGUCUGUGUGGCAGCAGACUCUACUGGAACCACGCGACGUCAGAUACACGACAAGCGAGGGAGGCCAAGCACACCUCAGGAUCUUGAACGAAACGAGACCCCUGCCAGGAUGUGCUGCUUCAUCACCGACUGGCGGUUGACUACGCUCGUCAUUUCAGUCCUCAGUUUGAUGGGGAAUGUGAGUGUCCUCGCAUUCAUUGUGGUGCGGAAUAUGAGGAUGACCAACGCGGUUUUGCUGCACUUCUUAAAAAAUAAUGGAUCAGCCCCAGUGGUGAUGCUGGCUUUGAUGUUGGUGGUUUCCAAUGCAGCCAUUCUCCUGGACGUCGUGUUGUUCGUUGGCGCUUUCAGACGCUGCCGAGAUCUGGUGCAGUGCUGGUUGCAUGGACACGUCGUGGUGACCGGUGCUUACCUGGUCUACUUCUGGCUGGUACUCACAGAGCUGUUCCUCGCUGGCUCCAUUCAGACCGGCUACUUCGUUCUGACCGCAAACAUUCUCGGCAUAGCUGUGACCGUGUGUUUCUGGAUGAUGGUGCGUAGCUACUACCUCGACUUGCAGCAGACCUUCUUGAGUACAGAGUCUGGGAGUUGCCGUCCAUUGAUUACCAACAGUUGCGUCGCAGCAUCAUCGCAGCCAAGUGAUCCGUGUGACACUGUGAAGCUUUCACCAGGGACACUUCAUUCACCCCAACCAUGUACCAGCAAUAUCUAGACCCGACGUACAUCUGCCGCAGCUCCAGAUUUCAGACUCUCUUCCGCUGACGAUCGUUCACAGUAUCACAUCCGACAUAUACAGUACGAUCCAUUAAAUUAACUUUGAGGCUAAUAGAUGGCCAGCUGGUAUACGCCACAUGCUCAAGGAGUCGGUAGUUAUGCGGGCACUGAAAGUGAAAUAGAACGUGAACUUGCAGACUAAACUGGAGAGGGCAGUGGUGGUUAUAGCAGUUGGAGCAGCAGAUGUAGUGAUUGCUUCUACCUAACUCUUGGUUAAACGCUAUCUGUAUAUUGGAGUACUUACAUACGAGGAUUAUAUAUCCAGUUCAUCCGUACGCGCAGUUUCGUGCCUUACGCAGUGAUCUAUGAGUUUCCAUGUGCUUUUUGACACCUUGUGGAGCAUCCCAGGAGCUAUGCUUUGGAAGGAUUACUAGACAUUUUUGCGCAAUACUUCACUAAUCUUGUAUUGACGUUGAGCCUAAAGGAAAUGGUUCUUCCAUCAUAAUGACCUGCCUUGCAUGGUAAGUUCUGGGCUUGAAGGUGGCCGUUUCAGUGGGGAUGGAAGUGUUGCUGUACCACAUCUAGUACAGUGGGCCCGAAGUUGCUCUAUGAUCUCACGCAUCUAAAUAGCAAAGUUUGUUGAAGCUCUGUCCUGCUGUAAACACAUGUGAUCCUUGAUCAUCUUGUCUUGAAGCUGAGCAGGGAUACUAAUAAAACAAGUAUUUAUUUCUUCCCUUCUGCAGGGGCAACAGAAUUACGGCGACUUCUCCAAAAGCCGUAGAAAUAAGGCAACAUAGCGAGUAUGUGGCGCCAGAGAAAGAACUGUGACUGUCUUACAGCUGGGCCCUACCACGCCACUCACAGAGACAUCAACUUUUUAUCGAAGCAUAGCCACACAUAUGACAGGAAACUUUGAACACUCUCUGCGUUCAUCAGGAAACGAGUUCGCACAAAACACUGCUAGCGGAACUGUCACUGCACCAAAUCUUGAGAUGUUUUGGGGUCUGUCUGUGAUACCACACCGAAAUAUUUCGAUUAUGCUAACGAUCCAUUUUUUCAACUAUGGCGAAAAUCUUCUGCUCGCCAGACAUUCAAAUCUGAAUGCAUGUUCCAGGAAACCUUGAGAUGAAGUACUAUGGUGAAUAUACUUAAUUUGUACACAAAUUAGAAAUCAAUAAAUGUUUUAAUUUUCUUGUUUUAGUAUAGCAAUGUUAAAACCGUGUAGUGAGUGAAAUGUUAGCUUUGAACCAAAUACAGCUCAGUCACAAUUGAAACAACUUAAUUCUAGUCUUCACGUUUCGAAGACCCUUAUCCCACCAUAAGGCCACAUCCUAAGCUACAAGAUCCUUCUUUUAAAAACUAUGAACUCUGAUGUUUUAUUUCCUUUCUCACAUAAUUACAUUUGCCGUGAUGAUCGGACUGUGACCCAAAAAUCGUAGCAUGCAGUAUAGUUAUUUUACAUGAGCUGAAAGAUAUUUUGCUCGGCUAUAAGGAAAAAUACAAUGUGGACUUGAAAAAUUACAGCAUCAACACAGAGAUUAUUAGAUAGGACACAGAUGAAAUCCCGAAAUCGGUGCUGUUUUUAGGAUGUCUGUAGAAGAUUCCUGGUGCUAUCCUAAGGUUCAGGUGAAUGUUUUGUACUCCCCACUCCCUGAAGUAAUCCUUGUUACAAAAUCUCGGCCCUUAAGUCAACUUUGGAACGAAAAGCGUUUCAACGUAAAGACAUGAUGUGAAAGCUUGUCCCUCAAUAUACUGCCAAUUUUAAAAAUAUUUCAAUGCAACAGUGCAACAAACAUUGACAUGUUCCAUCUACCAAUUAGAUGUCUCUCCAAAAUCUUUCACUACGUCACAGACACGCGACUAAGACUGAAUGUUUUACGUUCCCAGGCACUGAAUUUUAUAGCUAACAGAGUCACAAAUAGUUAUGAAAAGCCAUUUAAGUUUUCUAGAGCUUGCCUUGUCCCAGUGGGCUUUAAUCCAAAUAACAGAAGAAAUUAGAUUUAGUAAUUAAUUGUGCUCAAGGCAGUAAGUUCAUAUCACGGAGAACGGCAACACAGGGACCUCUGGAGACACAGUGAAUCGGGGUUUCCACGAAUUUCCAGACGCACCAGAAGUGUCGCAUCUUUCGCCCAAUAGAUUGGGCUUUUCUUGUCUCAUCAGCAGUCGCAUCUUUCGCCCAAUACAUUGGGCUUUUCUUGUCUCAUCAGCAGUAGACUGCGUAAGACGUAUAAUUCGAUAAUUUCCUUAAUGUUAUCAUCAAAUUUCUUUAGCAUGCUCUAAAAAUAGAACAAAAGUUACUUAAGGUGGGAAAUUUCCCGAUAAUGAUCUGACAAUCAAACAAGAGUGCACAGUAUACACUUUACAGGGCAGCUUACAGCAACAUAUAUAAUAAUACGUUUUGGAAGUUCCUACAGAUGUACGCCAGGAGCACAGAAUCAUAUGAAAGUGGAACGUGGACUACAUGAAAUCUGCAGAAGGAGCUGGAGGUAUUGCAAACUUUGUACAAUCUAAGAAUGUUUGAAACUCAGUUUGCAGGUAAAGCACGAAAUUCAGAUACAUUAAAAAAAAACGGCGAGGAAAUAAGUUCUUUAUCUAUUUGAAUGAUCUCCCCUUAUUCUUAAGCAGAACCGGUGACUUUUGCAGACAAUUCUCCUUUUGAGAGAGAAAAAACGAUAGAAGAAACUGUUAAAGGUGUGUUAUUAAUUGGUUCUCUGAAAGUGAGUGUCUCAAAAUUUUUGAGAAAACACACUGUACAGUAUGGACAGUCCAAAGGAAGCAGAAACACAUCCAAAGAAUGAAGAAGAGGUUUUGGAAAAGAAAAAGAAGAAAGAAACUAGAAAAAUGAAUAAUCAUGUAGCAUUCACGUUAACAACUGUCCUGGGGGAAAAAAGUUAAAGCUAUAUAUACAGAGUGCUCAAAAAAGAGCCGAAUACUUUGAGAUGUGGCAGUACUCACCGAAACAAGAAAUGCCAGUCCAAUAUACAUGGGUCUGAAAAUGCAUACUUUCUGCGAUAAACAUGUGUUUACAUGAAGUGUUCAACAUGGCGUCCAUUUAUGACAGUUCACCCUUCUGCCUUCUGGUGUAAGGUAUGACACGCCCUUUGAAGUAUACCCUAUUCUUAUUGUACCUACUGGCACGCACUGAAGAUGCGACCCAAUACUGUCCGCACAUCGUUGAUUGGCGUGGCAUAGACCAUUUCCUUCAAGUGCCCACAACCUAGUCUAGGGGAUUGAGGCAUGGGGAACGAGCAGGUAAAGGUGUGAGAGCCCCCUCCACCAAUGUAGUGGUCUUUAAAUGUCUGCAUCAGAUGGUCGUACGCAUUGUGACCAAAGAAUGCUGGUGCGCCAUCAUGUAUGAACACAUUUUUACUCGUUGCAGCAGUGGCACAGCCUUCAGCAAAGUAGGUAAUACGUUAAUGAAAAAGUCCAGGUAAUGUGACCAUGUGGUUGCACGUAUGGCCCCAUUAAUCUGUCUCCAAGUAUGCCUGGCCAUACGAGGAUUCAGAAUUGGUCUGACGCCCUCUUUCUUGGUUAAUUGGGGGUUUACAUCUGCGGACUGUGUGGGGGCUUCAACUGUCGGUUCUCCAAGGUACGUAUGUUCCUCAGAUGCUGAAAAAGUCUGGCGAACAGCUUAUUACAGGGUACUUUGGUGUGACAAUAUUUUUCAGCAUAGAGGUCAUGGGCUAGAAGGCUACAUCAAUUUGCUAAAGCAUAGCAAAAUACCACAUCCCAAUUUUCACUUCCAUUGCUAACAAGUGGUGCAAGAGAGAAAAUGUAAAUGUACUACACCAUUUACCUGUACAGAAAGCUCAAUAACUUUUAACACGUAAAUGAAUCCUUUUGGAAGAAGAUACAACACCAUAAUACGUAACUUGACAGAACUGUACAAUAAGGCACACAAACAUGACAGAAAAUAAUGUAGCCUGAACCAUAUUCGUAUUUAAGAAGUAGAUUUUGAAGUAAAGUAAUGCACAGUCAUAUUCAGAGUAAAAAUUCAAGAUUAUAAAACUCAGUAUUAUUAAGCAACCUCAUUCCUUUUCAUUUCAGUAUAAUACAUACACCUUCAAAAACUGAAAAUUGUAACCACUAGUUAAUUCAUAAUAUCCGUUUGGUAAAAUAAUUUUAAAUUUGUUAUCAAGCUCUAUUCAUAUUUUUUCUCCAUGUGUAGUAUUCAAAUAUUCACAACCUGUAAUGUAAUAUGAUUCAUUGAUUUAUAACUCACUAACCUUUCUAAAAGAAUUAGAACUGCUUGUGUUACUGAGAUUCCUCAAAAACAGUUCCAUUUAUAUAGAUUAAAAUGUAGUAACUCUAUAAAUUUUUAAUCUUGUCAAUGUCACUAAUGUGUGGAAUGAAUUUAAUUUUAACUGUUUCGUUGAAAGAAAUAAUAAAUCAAGAGAGGAACAAGUUGAAUAUAAUAUCUGCAAAGAAUAUUUUAAACCAUCUUUAACUAUAGAAUAUUUGAGAAAUGAGGAUCAUACUGAGUAUUUGGAUGUAUUAAAGUUAAUUUAUAAAGAUUUGUUAGUUAUGAGUAAAGUGAUACAGAAACAUGGAAAGAAAUAUAAAUGUCAGAUUAUCUCCUUUUUAUGAAUGCAAAAAAAUAGCAAAUUACAAUUUGCCAAUAAAUAACUUACCAAAACUAUUACAAAAUAGUAUUGAAAGCUAUUCAUUAUUUUUAAAAGUUUCUCAUUCAAUAACUAGAGCAUUUGAAGACAAGGAGUAUAAUAAAAAUCUACUAAUAAAUGU